AUGGAGCGUGUCAUCCUUCUCCUCUUCAUCUCCCUCUUCUUCCUCUGCCAAGCCCAAGGACGCCUGGGGUGCUGUGAACAAGCUGUGUCUGCCAAUGGAGUGCUGAACCUGCAGCCGGAGAAACCCCCGCAGGGAUGGACAAAGUUCACAUGGAGAGUGAGACGGGAUGCAGGAUACCACCAGCGAAUCCUGACGGCUGAGGAGAAUAAAACUGUCCUAUUCUUCAACAGUACUUUUUUGGGGAGAGCUGUUUUCCAGCAGGAGACCUUCUCCCUGCAGAUCAGCCCGGUUAGCAUGGCAGACAGUGGGGUCUAUGUGGCAGAAUUUGAGGACACAUCAGGCAGCUUGCAUACCUGGUGCUUCCGUGUGUCAGUGUGGGAGCCCGUCCACUCGCUGCACCUGGAGACACGCGUCCUGGACUGGGAACAGGGCUGGUGCAACCUCUCACUGGUCUGCACUGUGUCUGGUGCUGGCAACGUCUCCUACAGCUGGUCCUGCAGUGGGGAUCCCCAGGGAGUCCUGGAGCACCAGCCCUGGCUGCACCUGCAGGUCCAUGGGGAUUCACUCCCCAUCAUCUGCCGCUGCAACGUGAGCAACCCGGUGAGCUGGAGCGCAGACAGCACCAACAUCACGGUAGCUUCCUGCCAAGCUCUGGCCUCAGGUGUUUCCUUGUCCUACUGCAGAGUGAAAGGGCUCCUCUGUCUGCUGCUGCUGGGCAGCCUGGUCGCAGCCGUGGCCAUCACACACGUCCUUGUCUGGCAGCGGGGACCCCCUUCCCACCGUGCUCCCGGCUCUUCGGGUCUGUGUCUCUGUUGCGAUCUCAAGCUGCUGAAGGGGCUGAAGGGACAGUCCCUGUCCUUCCCGGCCCUGCACCCCUUUUUUGUGGAUAUCACGCGGGUCAGCUGGAGGUCCCAGGGGACCCACAUCACUGAGGCCAAGCCCAAGCAGAAGAGGUUCACCGUAGACUACGUGCCCAGGUUCUGUGGCCGGCAGUUCAUCCACCCCAUCAACCUGUCACUGAAGAUCAGACCACUGAAGCUGGGGGACAACGGAAAGUAUGAGGUGGUCAUGGACACCUUGUCUGACCCCACCAAACUAAAGACCUUUUCCUACUCAUUGAGGGUUCAUGGUGGCUUGCCUAUGAUGCCAGCCGGGACCAGUGACACGGGAGGACAGAGCAGGAGCACUGUGGGACCUCAGGGAGUGACCGAGCCUGAUGCAGGAGAUACCGGGACACAAGGCACAGGUGGGGGGCAGCCCCGAGGCAGCAGCGGUGGGCCAGAGGCAUGCAGGGUGCAGGACUACUGCUGUGUGGUGAAGGGGUAUCUCAUGGCCACCGUCUUCGGGCUACUGCUGAUGCUGGUAGCCACUGUUGACAUCGUGACCAGGGACAAAGGCACCUAG